GUGUACCUCGCCUGAAAUGCCUCCGUCGUCGACCUCUCCGUAUCCCCAUGACAGCCCGCUCAAUGCACCUGGGACUGGAGGCGGCCAGACCGUCCAGGUCCACGCCCUGUCGGCAGGCCACUUGACGAUCCCAGAACAGCAGUUCGUUAGUCCAUGUGCCGAAGCAGCGAGGAAAACGGUCCCAUCACUGUGCUUCCUCAUCCAGCACACAUGUCCCAACACCAAAAAGACGACGCGGAUUGUGUUUGAUCUCGGCUUGCGGAGGGAUGUCAAGCGCUAUGCACCGCCCAUUCAGCGUCAUAUCGAGACCCGACAGCCCAUGACCACGAACCCGGACGUCGUCGAAAGCUUACAAAGGGGUGGGCUUUCCGCGGACGACAUUGACUACGUGGUGUACUCGCAUGUGCAUUGGGAUCACGUCGGUGAGCCACGAGACUUUGUCCGCAGCACCUUUGUCGUCGGCAAUGGUUCAUUGGACCUGCUCUCUGGAGACUCGACCAACCUCAGAGGCGGGCACUCGUUUUUCGAAGCAGACCUUCUUGAUCGCUCACGAACCAUUGAGCUUUCGAGCCCAGGCACAAAAGGCCCCUCUCAAUGUCUGGACGGCGGCGAUGUCAAGCGGAGCGUGAACUUUGCCGGGCCGUGGCGCGCAUUCGGUCAUCUGCCCUCGACGCUCGACGUGUUCCGGGACGGCAGCGUAUACAUAGUCGAUGCACCCGGCCACCUGAGAGGUCAUAUCAACCUCCUUGCUCGCACGCAGACUGAAGACGGCGGCUGCCAAUGGGUCUAUCUUGGCGGGGAUGCCUGCCACGACCGACGCAUCCUCCGCAAGGAGAGAGCAAUCGGCGAAUGGGUCGACGCGCAUGGGUAUACGUGCUGUAUCCACGAGGAUCGUGCUCAGACGGAGGCCACCUUGCACCGCAUCCGAGUACUGGAGGAGCAGGGUGUUGAGGUCAUACUGGCUCAUGAUGUAGAGUGGGAGAGCGAUGAGAGGAAUCGUAAGCGCUUUUUUGGUGCUUCUUGAGCCCAUUCAUGCUGCG